AUGCCGCUUAUGCAAACAGCGCUAGAAGCAUGUCUAGGACACAAGGAGUUCCCUGUCUCACCCUCCGCAGCAGAAUCACCACCAUUCGCUAGCAGCAGCGAAUCGACAGCAAGCAGAGCAGUAGUCGCCCUUUCGAAGCCACCAGCAGGUGCUGCUGCGGAGCAGGCAGCAGCACAGCCACCAGUCGCACACAGGGAGCCAGCGGAAACUGCUGUAUCAACAUUAGGCGAGCCCGAUGAAUCACGUAAGCGCUCGGGAGUCUAUGCAAGUCGAGCAGUACUGCCUUCAGCUGUCGCCGUGGGUGCAGCUGACCACACAGACCUAUUCCCCGCUGGAGCGGUGAAGCCGGGUGCAGAGGCAGCAAGUGCGGAAGCUGCGGAAAUUCGAGAUGCAAGAAGUCCAGCAUGCGUGGAUAUAGCGAACGCAGCACUCUCUGCGGCAGUGACGGCUUGCUGUGAAGACGAGGACAGCUACAUAGAAGCGGCGGCACCAGCAUCCGCAUUGUCUGAAGGUUGUUCGGGAGAGCGGCUGGAGAAUACCGAGUCUAAAGGGGGCCGUGAAACGUCUGUUUCUGGGGGUCGGCGUGCCGUUGGAAGGCGCUCUUCGCAAAAAAUGAGAAAAGUCAUCGUAGCAGAAGCUAGGGGCACCCAAGGAGAGGACGUGGCAGAGACGGAGGAGGCUGAAGUCAGCUUGAGCCUUCCCAGUAGUUUCCGCAGAAACCCCAAGAGGCACUGCAGAGGGCGCGCGGCCCCUCUUGCCACUACGCUGGAGUUUACUCGGAUGCAGGUAUCCCACUGCAAGGCCUUAGCAGAGAAAAUCGCAUGGAGCACGACAGACUCGUUAGCGCUGCGUGAAAGCUUGGAAGUGCGGAAGGAGCCUACUUCCGGAGUGGGCCUUGGUUUAUAUUUGAAACGAGGUCUUAGGAGCUGCUGCUGCAUGCAAGCCCAGGCCGUAAUGGAGGCGGAGCACCGUCUGCUCCCACAGCUGCUGCAGCAGCUGCAGGAGGAAAAGCUGCACCUCGCGAAGCAGCAGCGUGGACGCCGUGUUAGGGAAGUGCAGGGAGACGGCAGAGACUACACCGAAGCCACGCGUGCUGAGGCGGCAGCCGCUGCAGCAGCAGCAGCAGCAGCAGCAGGAGGGGCUGCCCACAGAUCUGCAGCUGCCUCGCGGGCUGCAGCGGUAAGCGGGAGUGCGCGUCGUGCAGCGUGCAGCUGCAACACCACGAGCUGCUUCAGGGUCUUGUGCUUCCGAGGAGAUGCUGUGCUGUCGCCUUUCAACUUCAUGUCGAUCUCCGGAACAGGUGCUCUCACUGCAGAGGAGCAGAUCGCACUCAUGGCGCCCGAGGAGAACGCAGGUUUUGAGCCUUACCAACAUCUAAGCCCGGCUUUCACCCUCUCGGGGCAUGACUUGCCUUUUAGCCUGCAGCUUCAGGCGCACCCGUAUCUCUCUUCUGAGCUGAUGGCAGACGUCAUGGCCAUCUACGCAAACCACUACUGUGCACUCCAUUGCAAAGGAUUCUUUGAGCAGGCAGACUCAGAAGUCCCCUGUAUUGUGACCAGACCAGGACACCUGUCUGAGGGUUUUUUUGGGGUCUUUUACGGCUACAGAAGUGCAACCAGUUUCCCCUGCGCCUUCCCUGGUUGCGGCCAUGUGUGCCUCCCCCACUGUCGGUGCUACGAAAUAGAGAGGGUGUGGCGCUGCCUUUGGACUCUCCAUCACCGUAAGGCCGCUGACCUUGUCGAGGCACCCUAG